GCAAUCUCUUUGCAGACUUGAGUGGUACAAAUUUGCAAUCGCGGAAGUUGCUGGAUGUAUCCUCGCCGCAGAAUAGUGUACAUUGUAGUUGUGGUAGAGUAUUACUAAUCUAACAAAACAGCUGAUCAGUUAAAAUGGAAGACGACGCGCCUGUAAUUUAUGGUCUUGAAUUUCAGGCCCGAGCAUUAACUGCCCAGACAGCUGAAACUGAUGCUAUUCGUUUCCUUGUGGGCACACAGUCUCUGAGGUUCGACAACCAGAUCCACAUCAUUGACUUUGAUGAUGAGAAUAACAUCAUUAAUAAGAAUGUCCUUCUACACCAAGCUGGGGAAAUAUGGCACAUCAGCGCAAGUCCUACAGAUAAAGAAGUGCUUACCACCUGCUACAACAAGACCAGUGACAGCAGGGUGGUGUCCUGUGCAGCAGUAUGGCGAAUGCCCUCCAUUUGGGAGACGGGAAAUCACGAGUCACCUGACGAGUCGGCCCACAACCCCCAAACACUGGAGCUGCUCUGUCACCUAGACAACAGUGCCCAUGGCAACGCAGCAUGCGUGCUGUGGGAGCCAAUGGGGGACGGCAAGCGUGUGAUUUCAUUGGCUGAUAGCCAUGUACUACUCUGGGACCUGAGUGAGAGCUCUACACAGGCCACAAUCUCCAGCACUGCUACGCUGGAGGGCAAAGGUCAGCUGAAGUUCACUUCUGGCAAGUGGAGCCCUCACCAUAACUGCAGCCAGCUUGCCACGGCCAGUGACACAGCCAUAAGAGGCUGGGACCUUCGCACCAUGAGUCAGAUUUACUGUAUAGAGAACGCUCAUGGCCAGCUGGUGCGAGACCUUGACUUCAACCCAAAUCGACAGUACUAUCUGGCCAGCUGUGGAGACGACUGCAAGGUUAAGUUCUGGGAUGUCCGUAACAUUCAGGAGCCCAUCAAAACCCUGGAGGAGCAUUCACAUUGGGUGUGGAGCGUCCGCUACAACCACAGCCACGACCAGCUGGUGUUGACCGCCAGCAGUGACAGUCGCCUCAUCCUGUCCAAUAUGGUGUCCAUCUCUUCUGAGCCAUUUGGCCACUUGGUGGACGACGAGGAGCUCAGCGAAGGGGAGGACAACCACCAGGAUGAAAAGAGCAAGGAGCCUCUGAAGGACAGUGUAGUUUCCACCUAUGAGGAGCAUGAGGACAGCGUAUACGCAGCUGAAUGGUCAUCUGCCGAUCCGUGGCUCUUUGCGUCGCUCAGCUACGACGGGCGCCUCGUUAUCAACAGGGUCCCCCGUGCCCUCAAAUACCGGAUACUGUUGUGAGGGAACCUGUAUGUGAGACAAAGAGAUGUUCAAACAUUUUUGCUUUUACACCCAUCAACUGCUGUAAAAGCCACACUAAAGGAUGUUGCUGCAAAAACUGUAAGUACUGUAAAUACAGUAAAUGUCCCUAAUACUGCAAACUAAGCAUUCUUGGUGACUGUUAAGUUAUUGUGCUUCUUUAACAUCAUCUUGUAAAAAUGUCAACAUAGGCCGACACAAUCCUGUCGUGCAUCCUCAUCAUAUUUGUCCUUCAGAUCUAACAAUACUGUACAGAAUUAGAAAUGACAAUGAAUGACCUUAAAAUGUUUAAUAUAAUUAACGCAUGCGCAUCAUGACGAGGCACACCUCUGUUAUGACGGUGGGCGGAGGCGCAGUGCAGCGUCCCCCAGUGUCGCACUGAAUCUGACACUAUUUUAGAACUUGAUUCUGAUCUAACACGUCGACAGAAAUGCAAUUCCAACUCAUUAUAUUCCCAAAAACGGCUUUAUUAUGCGUGUAUGUGUGCUCUAAAUAAGCACAAAUGCAAAGAAAAACAGUAAGGGAAAAUGAUCAUCACUCACUUGGUAACUCUUAAUACAAAAGUACAUUUGCUGCAUUUAAAACAUAUCACUUCAAAUUACGUGGUGUCUUUGAACACAACCCCUCAUUUCUUUUCAACAUUCAAAUGUUCUGUUAAAAUGAAAAAGACCAGUUGGCAAAGAGAUUUUUCCGAUUUUCAGACGUGUGGUAUUUUUGUGUUUUGGAUUAAUACAUACAAAUAUAUAUAAUUGUGUCCUGUUUUUUGUCUGUCUGUUAGUAAAAUACAGUAAAAAUGGUGAUUAAUCAUGAUUAAUUUAAAAACGGUGAAUAAUUUGAUGACAUUUUUUAAUCAUUUGACAGCCCUAAUAAGUACAUUUACUGUCUGUUAACUAGUGUAAAUUGUUGUAAAGCGGUGUUGUGGGGCUGUCAGCAACAGUAUUAUAUAGAAAACAACAGAUAUGUACGAGGUAUGUCAGAAAAGGCGUCGUCCAUUGCAAGUUAUUGCCACAGGGUCAGACGAUCCUGCGAGUCCGUCAGAAGAGGCGAGAGUUGUGGUGGGACAAUGCGCCUGCUCUCAAUGCCCUGAGCAUCCGGUUCCCACUCACCCGACCUGGCUCCGUGUGAUUUUUCUUUUUUCCUCUUUCCCAAGCUCAAGAGGGUCAUGAAGAUGGGCGUGACGAUAGACCUCCACAAUAUUCCGCAAGAACCCUUGUUGGAGCGCGUGCAGGCAUGGCAGAAAAGGCUGGGAAUGUGUUUGGACUCCAGGGUUAGACUUCCAAGAGGAAAACAUAGAGUUUGGAUAAAGCAUAUAGUUUGGAUUUAACUUACGGUGGCACCUUUUGGGAGCGUCAUUAACCCAUUGCAGACACCCAAAACUUGUAAGACACAACACAUUUUAUAGACAAGAAUUAUAGUUUUACAUGCCGAAAAUGAUGCAAAAAUCAUUUAAAAUGACAAAGGAAUGGACACCUGAAUAUUUAAAAUGACUUUUUUCUUCUUCUUUUUUUAACAUGAUAUAUGAAAUGGAGAAAUGAACAUUUUACCUGUUGUGGACAUCGUUGGCAAAGUUUGGAGGCACAUUUGUUUGCACUUUCAAACUCGCCAUGCCUGACGACGCUGUGUACGCCUGUUCUUUUUUUUUUUUUUUUUAUUUUCGAACCAGCCUCUGCUUGCUUUAAAUUCAUCAGCAGACUCACUCGUUGCAGGCAUUUCAGGUAGAUCCUCAUGCAGCAGCCUCGCAUUGUCUCCCGCUAGAGCCCGCUAGCCGUUGAUCCAGAUCAGCUGCGACUUCUGAACACCUUCCACGGUUUGUGGUCUCUGGUUUGUUAACACUCCUACUCCUUUUGCAACAUUUGCUCACUUGAUUACGUUGUUAUUCUUCAGGAUGGUACUUAUCGUUGAUGAAGGCUUCCUGUACAUCCUGCCGAGAUCGGCGACAUGGACGCCAUCUUUGAACAUUGCAAUGACUUCUUUCUUGAAUUCAAAACAAAACAAACUAAGCACAAACACAACGGUUUUAUUAUUGCACGCUAACCAAGCGGGUGAACGCAAUCCAAGACAAAAUUUUUGCCUAAAUUUUGGAUGUUAACCGAAAAAUGCGCUAACUGGGGCGGAUGUUAACCGAGGUACCACUGUGUAUCUUUUGUGACACCAGUCCUUGAACUUUUCUGACACACAAACAAGCAAGCUCCCAAUGGGCACUUUGUCAUAAAUGUAUACCACAGCCACGUUUUGCUUGGGUUAUUUAAUCCCAUGCUGGUUUUGUAAAUGUACCCUUUCACAAUUGUUAUAGUAACUUCAUUUUCAUAGAGAGACAUUUCAUCAACAAAAAUCCCCCAAAAUACAAAUUCUUUUGUAUUUCAUUGAGGGGAAAAAAGUAUUUGAUCCCACAGCAAACCGUGGCCGGAGUGCUGGACUCGGGCGCGUUCCCCACCCCACCUGGCCCCCGCUGGCCUGCACACACACUAAGCAUUCGAGACACAGCCCGUUUGCUUGUUCCAGCACUUCUAUUUUGCUCUUCUACUGCAGUUUCUCAAAAUUUGUGAAAUAUUGUAAUACUUAUUUGGAGUGUUGGAUUAUUUAUUUUGUGCAAGGUUGCCGCUGUCAAUCACUUGCAAGAAGGCGAUCACAUUCAUGAAAUACAUUUUAUUUUGUUGUCAUACUGCCGUUUCGCUUGACGUGUGGACUAUUUUCACACUUGUAUGGCGUCAUUCUCAUUAUUUUUGUUGUGCCAGGUUCCCAAGUUGUCAUAGCGUACAUCUUGUUGUGGUUUUGGGGGUGACGUUCUAGAGGUGUGGUGGUGGCGACCUCAGUGAUGGUCAGCAAGUUGGCAGACCAUCAUCGGAUGAGGCUGGAUUGUUGGGUUGAUUCAAACUGUGGGCUACAGACAGGUGGAACCUUUUGAAAGACAUCGGUUUCUGCUUCAGUAGGUCACAGCCCCUCUUGUAGACCAGCCAGGAAUUAACGACGCACAGAUCAAGGAUGUAUCAGAACUGGGGAAUUCCGUGUACAGUAUCUUUGGUUUGGCUAGGGUCUCGUACAGGUGUAUCAGCAUGUCAGAAAGAUCAAUUCCUUCCAUGUUCUCAGUGUAGGCAGAGAUGAGGCAUUGCUCAAAAGGUUGACAUAUUUCUUGUCAAAUCGUUUUCCUGCAAUCACCCCUUCAGCACACCUGUAAUCAUUGGCUCAACGGCCCCCCUUCAUCAGGUCUUUGUCUGCCAUCAAGGCAGCUGCGCUAGUGUGGUUUGGUCGCACUGUACCAAUGCCUUGACAGCAUAUGGGAUGGUUACCAGACAUUAGUAAAUCGUACAGAGUGGUUCAUCUGUAUUCUGCAUGGAAGUUUUGGGUCUGAAGGCUGAAAGUUAACACUUGAAAACUGGAGGUUUUUAACCAACAUGAGUGUGGUGCCUUUGCCCAAAUCAGGAGUGCAGCUACCGCCUUUUUGAGGGGUGUGCAGACACAAUAAAGGCGCCACCCUUCCUUAAUUUUGUAAUUAUUAAGGGUGUCACUAUUUUCUCCCCAAAACGAGAAAUCUCUCGAAAAUCUGUCGCGCAAGAACAGGGCAGCCAGAAGCCAAUCAGACUGUGAGUUAUGGCAUUGCUAUUAUAAAUGAUAAAAAGGUAAUAUGGACGUGGCAGUGCGCAAGGCAUUAGCGGAAGCGCACAUGAAGUGCUUUACACACACUUUCAACUCUGCAAUCCAACCUACCUUGGUGGUCUCAGCGUCCGUGUCAGGGAGCGACGUGUGGCUGCUUCUUCCAUCGGAGUUAAACAGCCGCUUGCUACUUGUUGAUGUCCAAGCAGACACUGUAGUAAGUCUACACUUGAUCAAAACACGUCAACAGUCGGACUUGCUUGCACCCUUAAUCACCAUUACCUGGGUGAUAGCAGCGCUGGGUCUUCCAGGAGCAAGUGUCACACUAUAUGCACCAUGUCGGCCACAGGAAGUGGCUCCCUCCACUCUGUACUCUGGUUCUGCUGACCUCCGGAGCGGCACCAGCUAAUAUGUGUCCGACAUGAAGGCGUAAUGUGGCGACCAUAACUCCGCUUCAUAAAACACCUCAUACGUAGAGGAGAUCCGUGGUGGCAAUUUAGCUGCAUGGACGCUAUAUUUAGCAAGUAGGGGUGUGCAUUGAAAGUGAACGGCAGGAAGUGUUUCUUGCAUCAUGCAAAAGUGAAUUAUCCGCCACGCAGGAUGUCCACCUCUGGCAGCACCUGCCUUCCUGGUGUCCAAAGUGUGGCCCACGGGCCAUCUGUGGAAUGUGGCUCUUUGUAGAAAUAAAAUAAUAGACAGUAUGAAUCACCUUUGUGAAAACAUAUGUCACAAACGCUAAUUCUGCCACUUUACAGAGUGAAAAUAGUAGAAUCCAUCCAUUUCUAUACCGCUUCAUCCUCAUUAGGGUCGCGGGGGAAUGCUGGAGCCUAUCCCAGCGGACUUCGGGCGACAGGCGGGGUACACCCUGGACUGGUCGCCAGCCAAUCACAGGGCAAAAUAGUAGAAUUCAUUAUUAUUAUUCUUAUUAUUAUACAUUGUCCUAACAGUGGUUUAUUUGUUCUAAAAAAAAUGUAAACAAUAAUAAAGUUUAGUGCCAAUUUGUAAGCAAUAAGCAUUUCCAAACCCCCCCUGCAUGGUUUUGCGACUCUGCUAAAUAAAAAGGUUUGUUUGUCCAGUUUUUCAUUGUACUUUUCUUAAAACCAUUGCUGAAGUCCCGUCUCGUCUCAUUCUCAUGGACUCAAUCUCAUGUAUCGUCUCAUCUCACGAGUUGGGUGUCUCAUGACACCCCUCGUAAUUAUUAUUUAUUCAAUUUAAAUAUAAUAUUAAAAUAAUACAUGUUUGUUGCAGUCUUUUAAGUUUCAUAGGUGAUCAGCUCGAAAAAAAUCAAAAUAUAAUGUAUACGUUCUACGUAACUUGACGAUUAUUUAAAGUGAAUUACAUACAUGAAUAAUAUAAUUCCAACUAUAACGUAUGACACGAUUCAAAUGAAAACACUCCGAGGCGUGCUCCAGGGUGGUGCGCACUGGGGUGCCCAUAGUGUACGUGAGUGUGGCGAGUGGGAGAGGCGGCGAAUCAGUGACGUACCUUAUGCUGUUAUUGAUCAUAUCAUUCACGCAUGCACAAACAGCUGCUAAAUCCACAAAUACUCCAAAUAAUGUCCCUCCCCCCUCUAGCAUGGUGCCCCUAUGCAUAUGGUACAUACCCACUUUUUGCGCCACUGGCCCAAUAACAAAUCUUGCCACAAAAAUGCAAGAUUUUAGUACUAAUGGUUGGGGUUAUACUAUUUGAAUAGUACCAUUAAGAACUUGCAAGGAGUGAUCACAUCACAGUCAUUCUGUGAUGUGGCUGCGAUGCGUGCGUGUGCGCCUGCACCUCUUCCAAUCAUGCCAAGUAUGCGAGACUUCAGGUGUGAAGGGGGCCCAAGCAUGGCAUAAUUACGUUUUGCCUUGCCUUUUAGUAAACAAGCCUCUCAUGUCACAUGUUUAAAAGAUGAACGUAGGGCGAGAAUGAUGUAAGUAUUGCGUAGAAUACGGUCUGUUUUCGUGACCUCACGCGUUUAUAUGACAAGAGUAGGAGUAACUGUCGUGCAGAUGUUACCCUCUGAGGGUGGAGGUGGACGUCGCAAUGGGAAAAAAUUCAAAUAAUGAGAUUUCAGUCAAUUAUAGAUGCAAUAUGAAGCCACUCUGGAAAUGUGUGUGUGGUUGAACCUGUGAGCUUCAGGUUUCAGGUGAUUAUUCCUCGUGUGCGAUUGAGUUGCAUGGAGGAGAUUCUGACCUGCUUGAAAUGAAGAUUAUGCAUUAACGCGCUUCUCUGCACAGUGGGUGGAGAGGGACAGACAAGGAGAAGAGAGUAUCUGACAGCCAGAGAAGGGGAGUUAAGAGGUCUGCAGCUAACACCCAUGGGAGGCGAUGAGAGCAGCAUGAAGAUGUAGAGCUAUGUUUGCAUGAAGUGAAGGAGGGAAGCCUGGUCUACUGAGUGUUGUUCUCUCAGGGGAUCAUAGUGGGUUUAAUGAAUUCCACAACCAUGUAGAUCCAGCCCUUAUAUCGUGUUCUUUUGUGAUUUUUGUUUUAUUUCAUAAACUCUAUGACUCCUGAGUUGGUUUGGACUUGCUCAAGAACACUUUUGCUUGUGCAGAAAGUUCCUAAUAUGAGCCUGAAGACUUUCUUCCACCCACUGCAUAGAUGCUGUGGAGGACUGAAAAAAACAACAGUGCCAGGAUUUACUGUGGAACCAAAUAUUCCUGUCGGAGAGAAAAAAAAAAGAAGUGAAAUGUUAACCUAUUUGCACCCAAACUGCAGUGUUGACUUUGUCAGGGCAUUUCUCUGACUCUUAGCUCCGUGCCAGUGCAGCUCCUAUAUGAAACACGGUCUCAUCACUUUUGAUGUUAGCUGGGAGCGUGCAAGCAGAGCUGCUUAAGACUGACAAGCACCGUAUAGUCUGGGUGGGAGGGCUCCUGUGUGCUGUAAGCUACUUAUUGACGCUCGUAUCGUUUCUGCAGAAGAUAAACUAUGGGGCAAUCAGGGACUAUUGGGCUAUCUUUGACAUUUUAGGGAGUGUGCAUGGAGAUUUGUCUAGGAAACCCCGACUUUACAGCAUGUUUUUUGUUUCUGCUCUUUCUUUACUAGAGCCUGGGUAUGGGCAUCUCUCCCUUCUACCAUCCUUGGGGUCAAUUUGACCCAAUUCAGUGUUUGUGACUCAAAAAAUACUAGUUAACUUUUUAUUUGUUGCAUCAUAUUUCAUGACUUUUCCUAAUUUGACGCCGACUAGCGAUUCAGCAUAAAAUUAUCAUGAUAUUUUUUCAAUUUGCUAAUCACAUAUUGCACGCAUUGGUGUUCCUCUGCGUUCAGUUCGACCCGAGGCUGUUUGAGCUGUGACAAAACAUGUCUUGUCUGUGUGCGACGCAUGCGUGACCUCACAUCCACACACCUGCAGGUGCAGAGUGGAUACUUCUGAGUUGAUACAGUCCAAUAUAUAACGUAGUAUUCACCAGGGUCCCCCCUUUCGGCUGCCACCCAUCUCACGCUGCACGCGACCCCUUUGGCUGCUCCUAGGGGGUGGUGAACCCAUUAGAGAGGGGACCCACAGCCGGGCCCCGAUGGGUUCAGGCUCAGCCAACUGGCUUGGCUCCAAAGGGGGGCCCCGGUGAUCUGCGUCCAAGCGAGGGAAAACUUUGUCCAACUUUGCCAUUUUUCAUUAGAGUCUGUUGAACUACACUUCGUCUGGUCUUUCCCCUUGGCCGUGUUCCUCUUUGGUUCUUCCACCUGGGCCAUAAACAUACCUGGCAACUUAUGGGCCUAGGAUCAUUAGGACAUACAAACUCCUCCAUCAUGGUAAUGCUGAACAAGUCAAAUCCAUCAUAGAUACUUUAAUGCUUUGCUGAAUGAAUGAAUGAAUGAAUUUGACGGCAAAAAUGGAGGCUUAUAUAUCCAGGAUCACCAGAAGAUGAUCGGACUUUUACAACAAAGUAUCAGAGCUUUUCCUGGGGAAGGAUAGGGUGCAUGGACUUCAUAUGCAAAGAAAAGGUAAGACCACAAAUGUUUUUCAGUGUAUAAAAAAAUAAUAAUAAAUGGAACAACAUUUUUAAUGAAAGUGAACUAUUCUUCUUUCAUUAUCCUUUUACCAAGCAACCUGUAUUAACAUAAAAAAAAAACCUCAAUGGAGUCAGUGCCUCACCAGCCAUGAACCUCACCACAAGUCACUGCAAAAAACCAAAAUGAAACAAUUAAAUUCCAAUGAACUGUACGACUAAUAAUGUUCAAAAUGUGUGUACGUCGUAUUUGUGUAUUCAUAUUUACCGUGAUUACCCCCACGUGAGUCAUCCCAAUGCUUUGAGGUCUUUAGGGUUUAUUUCAUGAAUCAAACACCUUCUGUAAAGCAACACAAGGGUCUGACAAGCUCUUUGCCCCUGUUUUCGAAAACAAUCAUUGGCAUUGGCCCGGGAGCCGAUAGUCUUUCGUUUGGUCUGUCUGACCGACCUCCCUUUCUUCCAGGGUCAAAGAGACCACAAUGGAGGCGCUAUUGUGAUGCAGCAUACAGAUCCAGAGUCAUUGUCUGUUAAUUAAUGAACAAGCACAUUGUGUGGAUCCAGCAUUAUUUAUGAGCCCUUGCCACUAACGCACACAUAAGUACCUUUCAAAAGCUGUAAUUGCGCUCAUUUCUCAUUUCCGGUGCUGACAUCCACUCUAAUGCGCUGGUGGCUGCCCUAUGGAGGUACAAUUGUUGGAAUCGGACGUCAACGAAUGAAUUUGCAGCACAAUUGUGUACAGUAUAUGUAAGCCGGACAAUGAAUACAGAUGUAAUAGGGGCACACUUGCUAUUGACUUCCUUCGUAUUUUUGCUUUAUAAAAUGGAGUGGAAUGGUUGCAGGUGUUGGUUGAGUUUGUGAGUGCAGAACAGAACAUGUACAAGUAUGUGAGCCCGACUGACUAAUGAUGAAAGUGACGGGCAAGUCAAUCAAUGACGUCCGUGGGACACUGUGACAGUUUGGAUGUGUUUGAUCAAUGGUGCGUAGCUUGGGGACAUAGGGGUGGAGUAGAGGGGUUGUGGCAACACACAAACGUCUUUGUCAAUCAAACGGCACCCCAUGAAAUCCAUUGAAACCAAUUUAGCCAAAACCGCAAAGCUCACAGCUCCGCGACGGCAUAGGAAAUUAGAGAUAAACGUUUCUUUUUCUUGAGUACAGGGUGUCAUGUCAAGAGUACGGCACAGUGGCGCUACCAUUUACAAACAUAACCCUUUAAGCGGCAAAGUCGCAAAAUUGCGCCAAGCAACAUUGCUGAAUUUAACAAGGCAUUUCAGCAAAUGUGGUGCCUCAUGGAGUUAGUAGUCAACGACAUGCGAUCAGAGGAGACGGGGGGCAGAAAUAAAGAAAGUGGGGGACCUGAGACACACAACCAUUCAUAGCUACGGAUGGAGUCUCCACUCAACCUAACAUGCGUUGUUGGAAUGUGGAAGGAAGCCAGAGUACACAGAGAAUAGCCACGGGUUGAGUGUGCGGGUUCCGCGCGGGGGUGUUCCGACGGGGAUUUGAAUUGAUUGCGGGGCCAACAUGCCUUCCACUUGGCCACCGUGCAGAUAACAUCUCUUCUUGUGAUGUUGGUUACGUCUUCACCGGUCUGAGCUUUUCAACGAGCAUGAAGCAAAUUACAUGGAUGGAACUUUUUUAUUUCAAAAUCUAAAAUGUAUUUAAUUUAGGAAAACCUGUUGUCAUAAACACUACCAGAAUUCUUUUUUUGGCAUGAUUUGCAUGGGAAUUCACUAGUUUUUAGAUUUAUAGUCUCCAUAAAAAGCGAGCAAUAUUUGCUUGAAUCAAGUUGAAUGAUUUUACACAUUUACGCAGAUCGGUACGCUCUAUGAAAUUUGCUGGGCAGCUUUCACGUUGGUCCGAAAUCAGCAAAUCUUGAAGAAAUGAUUGCUUCAAGUGGGACUUUUUGACUGUCUUGAAAUGUAGUUUUUGCAGCGUAGAUAUGUUUUCUGUGCGUGAGUCUGAUCUUGAAUUUAGAACCUUGCGAUUGGCUGACUAUGUUUUCUUAAUAUAAGGUUAUUUUUCUCAACUGGAAAUUGCUAGACAAUAUAAUUUUUCUUUUUAGAAAAAAAAUACGAAACGGUUGCUUAAAAUUUUGCUUUUUUUACUUUCUUGAAAUUCAGUUUUUGCAUUGAUUAUACUUACAGUAUAUACGGUAUAUAUUUUUCUGGGGCCGCACGGUGGUCUAGUGGUUACCAUGUUGGCCAACACAGUAACAGUCUAGAGAUCGGGUUCGAUUCUCCCUUGAGCAUUUCCCCCUGUGUGUGCGUGGGUUUUCUCCAGGUACUCCGGUUUCCUCCCACAUUCCAAAAACAUGCAUGUUAGGUUAAUUGAAGACUCUAAAUUGUCCAUAGGUAUGAAUGUGAGUGUGAAUGGUUGUUUGUCUAUA